UCUCGUUUGAGGAGACAGGAUGUCGGCUUGAAAAGCCACCUGGAUCAGCUAGACCAGCGAAUAAGUGAGCUGAAAUUGGACGUCAGUAAGACCUCCAGCGAAUACUUGGAUAGUGACAGCCGGCCCAGCUCAGGCUUUUAUGACCUGAGCGACGGUGGUUCUUGCUCACUCUCCAAUUCUUGUACCUCUGUGUACAGUGAGUCCAUCUCUUCCUCCCACACCAGCCUCUUGCCCGGCUCUCAACACCCUAAAGCAAGGCUCAGUGUGUUUGAUUACCGACCCAAGUCUGCAGAUGAAACUACUGUGCACACCACCAGCUUCCAACAGCAGGGAACUUAUGUCAGCGAUGGAUGUCGGAUUACAGCCAGCACAGACAUUUCUGGGACUCCUGCCAGGUCCCGACCGAGGCCAGUUUCCACAGGUGACUUGGAAAGACUUAUUCCAGCAGACACUAGAUUUCAGAAAGAGACAGAUCCCAAAUCCCUGUUGCCUCUGUGCCAUGCCGGAGACAUGCACUUGCUCAGCGUGGAUCCCAAAUUCCAGAAUGACUUGGUCUCCAAGAAUGGCAUUGAUGUGUAUCCUUACCCAAGCCCCCUUCAUGCGGUGGCUUUGCAAAGUCCCCUUUUCUCCCUGGUGGGGACAUCCCUAGAAGCAGACCUCCAGGCUCCUCCCAGCAAAGCCAUGCCUAGUGCGCCAGGUCCCAGCUUGAUUAGGAGUAGGCCAACCGCUGAGGCCAAGCCAGGGGGUUACAUCAAUAAAUUACUGCAGCUGACGAGAUGCAAAGGGAACAAUUGGGCUGAUGCCAGUGAGUGGGUUUCAACAAAGAGCCAGCCAGCCACAAUGCACCAGAGACUCAUUAUAACCCCCAGCGCCGGUGGAGUGAAAAUUAACAGCAGCAGUAGCCAGCUGGAAAAACAAGCAAGUUCUCUGGAAAGUAACAAAGCUGAAGGGAAGCUGCAGAGAGAGGUGCCGGAGGGGGAAUGUGCCAAGCAGCAGGAGACCAUGCGCUGUGUGAAUGAAGAACAGCCAUCCACUCGGCCUGACACAGAGCCAUCAGCUGUGAAUAGUUGUUAUCCUGCCAAGUCAGCAGCAAGGGGCUCUCCUCUGGCAGAAGCAAGAGAGAGCAGUGUGGAGCGCAGUUCGUCCUGCUCGCAGCUGUGCCAGGAGGACUCCAGCCCGGGCACCUGGAUUGCUAAAGCCGUCCCACUCAGAAAGCUGCCCCUCAAAAGGUGUGGCAAUGCCAAAUUGGCUAACGCCGGGUGUCAUGAGCAAGUGGCACAAAGUGAGUUCGUUCAUGCUCAGUUCGUCCCUGCAGAAUCCCACCAAGUCCGGGUCAAGUUUGCCAGCUCCAAAACAAAGGCAGUGAAAAUAAAGAGGAGGAACAGUGAAAAAGUACUACGGCCUGGGAAGCAAGCCUUUUGCAUGGAAAAGGCGAGAGGGUCCCAUGGGGCUGCCAGGCUGCCUGCUGAGUGGAAUCAGCCCCAAAGACAGCAGGGAGCGAAGAGCCUCGUGCGCAGACCUUCAUAUUCUGGUGACGUGACCGGCAGGUCGUGCUCAGAGUCUAGCCUGUUCCCUGUGCAGGUCAGGCUCCCCACCGUGCCAUCCAGGCCAGAGCUCUCCAGAGCUUCUGCCAAUGCACUGUAUUCCCUUGAAGGAGCUUGCAUAGACACAGCCAACAAGAAGAAGCAGCGCAAGUGGCAGUCCACAGUGGAGAUCUCUGCCAAGGCCCACCUGGCCAGUCUCUCUAGUAGCUUUGGCCUGGGAGUGCCAAGGCAGGCAGCAAGGAGAGCUGGUGUCCUGCGCACUGUCAGUAUGAGGGCUCGCUCCAAGAGUCAGCGCCACGGAGCUUAUGCCAAAAGUGAGUCAGACCACUCCGAGUACUCUGCAGAGUGUGCUUCCCUCUUUCACUCCACCAUCGCAGAGACCAGUGAAGGGGAGGUCAGUGAUUUCACGACUAACCGUUUCGGGGACAGUGAGUCCAGUGAAAGCGAUGCGGAUGGCAGCAGUAACAGUAGCAGCCUUGCCCUUGACUAUGAUGAGGGGGAUGAAAGUGAGCUGAUUUGGCCUGAAGGUUCGGUCAGACAAUCAGGGACUGCCCAGGCCUCUUCCAAGCCUCUUCCCCCAGUGCCCAAAAUCUGUCGCAUCAAAGCUUCAAAGGCACUAAAGAAGAAGAUUAGGAGAUUCCAACCUGCCUCUCUGAAGGUCAUGACCAUGGUUUAA